UUUUCCUUUCAUCUUCACGCUACAGCUUCCUCCCGAACGGCGCGGCAGGCGUCGCGCCAAACGCACGCCAACUCAAACGCGCCAGUCGCCAGGCGGCGCGCCAAAUGCGCGUCGACCAGGUAAAGGCAAGCAAGGUGGAGACGUCAACACGCCCCAAAUACCAGUCGGCGCGCCAAACGCGUGCCAACAAACCUCCCUUUUGUGGUCUGCGUUGAAUCUACAGUGACGGGCCAGUCCUCGCCAAGAGUUUCUGCGCUGCCAGGAAGAUCUGCAUGAACCGGCUGUUGGGGCCCACGCUCUGCUACUGGUUGGCAACAUUGAAACAUCCUCACACGACCAGAUCGCUCAGCAUGUGUAGCAAUGCCUGGUUCCAAACGUCUGGAACCCCUGGCAGACACCAGUGCGAGCAGUCAUUUUUCAUCACCUUGCCGGGUAAUCAUUUGAGGACUUCCCAGGAUGAGCAUCUGCUCGCCCCCAGCUCAUAGCGGUGAUAUCGAACAUGCGAACACCGAACCUCUUGUCUGGAUUGUUGGCAGUGGAAAGCAACAUCGAGUUUACUGCUUCGAUGUCCGAGACAAGACGCAGAUCCUAAAGCGGCGCACUCACUAAUGUUAUUCACGGGCCCCGUCUGUCCGUUACAACUGCCCUGCGAAUCCCAAUCGCCAUGAAAGAAAUCCGCCGGGCUAUAGGUUUGCAAACUAACGUCUCCUGUGAAUGCUAUCUUCUCUAAUUCGCGAAACGCAUGUUCAAUAGCAGUGGUGAGUGCCUCAAUAUUGAUACGUCCGCCCGUGUCGUCGAGGGUCCUAUGUCCAUGGUGAUAUGUGUUGCCACGAUGCGCAACAUGGUGUCCACCACCGAGAAUCAGGAUAAAGCUGUUCUGUAUGCGUCGCAAUAACCUGCCAAACUUAGUAAUUCUGGCAGAAAUUCUGUUAAGCUCCACAGCGCAAGCACCCCGUCCCAAACUAUCGUAACCGCGCUCAAAGAGAAAUUGAUCUCUUGCUGUCGACUUCAUAGGUGUACACACAUGCCCAAAAUACUGGUCAAAGUCAAAGUGCAUGUUAUCAACCACUGGCAUUAACAUGCGCAAUGAUUCAUAUGUGUUCUGGACUAGCGAAUCACCGACCAUGAAUAUGGGACGCCGAGAAACGAUGUGCUGCAUUUUGCUUGCGUUGAAAAGUGGUAACUCACAGUCGUCUGGGACCCAUGUGUAUUUAGUAAUAUCAUCUGAUCUGCUGCGGGGGCAUUUGAAUUCUCCGUCGACAUGGGAUUUGUCAUACAAUGGCGGCUUCGCUGACAUCUGCCAUCUCCCUUUCGUUAAAUCGCAUGGCUUUUUUCCUUUCGCCUCCAAGUGCAAGCUCAAAACUCCUAUAUCGCACAAGCUUAAUUAGACCCAACACCACAGGAUGGUUGGGAAAAAAGUAUGGAGCACACCAUCGGAUUUGACCUCCUUGACAGCAUUGCCGAUGCUGGUACUGACCUGUUCCUUACGUACGAAGGGCUGAUGGUUGUUACUGGCUUCGGCGGUGGACAAACCUCCCUGUAGCAAAACCUCCCCUUAAUGAAAACGGCCUGGGACCGAAACCGACGGACCUGGACCCGCCAAAAUGACGGCCGCGACGCCCUCUCGCGAAGCGAAAACGGCCAAUUCCUCAAUCGACGCGUCAAGGUAGCAGGUCUAUCCACCCCCGACUGGUUGAACGGCGUGGGCAAGCUUUUUGGUCAGCGGGUCGGGAGCGGGCCCCUUCCGGUCAAGAGCUAAACGGGGCGCGAGUAGCCCUAAUUGGGGAGACAGGGCGCGGGCGGGCAGGGCCUCAGGCGGCCGGAGGGCUCAGAGUACAGGAUGGCGUGGGCAAUCACGGCUUGAGCCAAAAUGGCCAAACUGAAACGGAACGCCGCCUGUGGAGCGGAGCCCCCGGGCCUGCGGAGAGGAGAGCCCCCGGUUGCCGCCGGGGGCCACCGUGCCGAGGGGGGGAGGCCAACACCUCUCUCGCUGCUGGGAGCGCUGCUCGCCCCACCCGGGGAGAGCGCGGGGGGCCCUGCCCUUCGACUCCCGCGGCCACAGCACGAGGUGCUCUCCUCCCCUGCGCGCCGCGAGGGCCUCUGGGGGCCCGACACGGGGCAGCAUGCCGCCCGACGUGCGACACCUCGACGCCCGGCUCUCCAGGCGCGCGUGCGUCUCCAUC